AUGGGCGAACAAUUUCAGGGAAUGGAUAUGGAAACUCCCACACCACUCUAUGACGAGGAUGAUUCAGAACCGCUUACGGAAUUCACACCGAAAUUCACGGGAGAAGGUUGGGAUCUGAUGGUUAGGCAUCCUAUAAAGAAGAAGUCGUUCAUGGCUGAACGUUUCUGGAAGCCUUGCUACGUUCGCCUCCAGGGCAAUACUCUCCUCGUCUACAAUGCCAAAACAGACAAAAAACCAAUCCAGGAACUAUCUACUCAAGGCCAGCUAUUCAGCUUCUCGCGAUACAACGACUCAAGCAAUAGAUGUCUACGCAAGAUCUCUCACAAAGUUAAACUGCAAUAUGUUUUGUACAAGGAGAAAGUUGGCAUUCGGCCAGGGCAGAUUACUCGUCUUGUGGACGGUCAUAUCACUAAGUACGGACUACCGCUAGAGCACACCGCCCAAUGUACGGUACCUGCUCAAGUUCGGUUCACUCACAUUCAUUGCUACGACGAGUAUUCCGCCUAUGUCGACAAAGAAGGGGUGCUUUCGGAUCAGAAAGCCAGGGUGCGGCUGUUCUGCCUCGCUUUUGUAAGCGGCUCUCCGUUCUUGGAAAUUGGAUUGAACGAUAGGAGAAGGCAAGGAAAGGAAAUUGUGCGGCGAAAAGACAUCCUACCGAUGUACACGGAACGAUGGAUUCGAUUUGAAGAUGUGGAAUUCCACUCUACAGUAGAUAAAGCAGCUUUUGAAAGUGAACAAGGUCAUGCGAUUCCGCAUUCGUCCACCAAGGAAUAG